AUGGCUGGCGGCUACAACGCCCCGGACUGGCUGUCCCCCGGUUCCCGUGACCUGCUGUCCCGCAUGCUGCUGGUGGACCCCGAGAAGCGCGCAACCUUCAGGGAGGUGGCCGCGCACCCCUGGACGCGCACCGCAGGGCCCGCGUGGGAGCGGCCGCUCAGCAGCGCUUUUGUGGUGCGGGUCGACCGGGACACGGGCGCAGUGGCGGCCGACGAGGCGGUGCUGGCUGAGCUGGAGGGCCACGGCUACUCGCGGCCCGCCACGCUCCGCCACCUGGCCAACGGGGACGCCAACUACGCGGCAGCUUCCUACUACCUGCUGGCGGAGGCCCGCGCGGAGGCUGCGCGCAAGCUGGCACCCAAGCCGGCGUGGUCUUUCAGCACCCCAGUGCGCGGCGGCGGCGGUGGCAGUGCAGCCAAGCAAACAGCACCUCCUGCGGGGCCACAGCAGCAACAGCAGCAGCAGCAGCAGCAGCAGCAGCAGCAGCAGCAGCAGCAGCAGCAGCAGCAGCAGCAGCAGCAGUAUCAGCAGCAACAUCAAGGAGCAGGGCAGGCCGCCGCAAACGCGCGGCCGCCCAGCGCUGCGACGGCACAGCGGCCAGCAACGGCGUCCAUGACCGUCGCGGUUGCGUGA